UGUUCUUGAAAAGUCGGUGAGGUUAAGAAAUUUUAACACAUUAACAAAUUACUGUUAUAUAUAUACUUUUUAAUAAAAAAAAUCGGAAAUAUGGAACCUGGAUUUAAGUUCGCCAAGGGUGAGAAAGUGCUUUGCUACUAUCAAGGAAUUGCAUAUGAAGCAAAAAUCUUGAAAUGUUUGUUAACUGAUAAAAACCAGAAAAAAUAUCUGGUACACUAUUUUGGUUGGAACAAGAAGUGGGAUGAAUGGGCAUUGGAGGUUAGACUCAAAAAAUAUAAUCUUACUGACGUAGAGCUAGAAGACGAGCUCGCUGGUGAUGUCGGUACCAUAGUAAAUAAAACCCAAGCAGGCUCGCAUUCUGAUAGUUCCCAAUCAGCCGAUAUUAUUGAAGCAGAUUCAUCCGAUAGUGAUGGUGAAGAAGACACGCUAGAAGAUGAAAUAACUGCAACUGGUAGUUGCAGUGCUAAUAACAGUAUCGUUCAAGCAGAUUCAUCCGAGAGUGAUGGUGAAGAAGACACUCUAGAAGAUGAAAUAACUGCAACUGGUAGUUGCAGUACUAACAGUAGUAUUGUUAAUAGUGAAUCUUCCGAUAGUGAUGAUGAAGAAGACACUCUAGGCAGUAUGAGCGAUGUGGAUGUUCAGAAUGAAACUGAUGAUGAAAUUCGUCCUAAAGUGGAUAUUAAAAUUAUAAUACCAGAUGAACUGAAAUCUGUAUUACUAUAUGAUUGGUAUGCAAUCAAUCGUGAAUUUAAGCUGGCUACUAUUCCAGCUAAGGUAACAGUACAAGAUGUGGUUAAUCAAUAUGUAGAAUUUAGAAAAGACUCAAACGAGCAAGAAAAUACCGAAAUGUUGACGGGUUUAAUUGAUUAUUUUAACCUUGUACUUGAUAAAAAACUAUUGUAUGAUCUUGAACAAUCGCAAUAUAACCAAAUUGCGAACGGUUAUCCAAAUAUGAGAAUGUCUAGCGUUUACGGGUGUAUACAUAUGAUUCGGCUUUUUGUUAAAUUGGGACCAUUCUUGAAAAGUAGUGAACUGGAUGAAAGUUCAGCGAAAAUUGUGUUGGAACAGAUUGACAAUUUCAUCAAGUUUUUGGCAGAAAAUAGUGCAAAAUAUUUUGAUAAAAAUGAGUUUUCUGUUCAACCUGAGUUUGAAUGA